UAAGGCAACCGACACCAGCCAUGGCCUCUGGGGCGGGCAGGAGCUGGGGUCGCUCCCCACCGCAGAGCGCAGCCGCGACGCCCUGGGUCACCGUCCUGCAGCCCCUCUCAUGGGCCGUCCCACCUGCGCCCCUGCAGCCAGGCCGUGUGAAGGAAGACCUGCUGGAGCUGAUGAUGCUGCAGAACGCGCAGAUGCACCAGCUGCUGCUGAGUCGCCUGGUGGCCGGGGCGCUGCAGCCCGGGCCCGCCUCGCCCUGCCCUCAGGUCUACCUGGAGGUUCCGCAGGAAGAGCCUGAGGAGGAGGAGGAGAUGGACACGCAAGAGAAAGGGCCUUUGGUGUUUCACCACCACUACCUGUCCUACCCGAUGCCCUCCCCGAGUGCCCUGCUGCCCUGGCCGGCCCCCUUCUUCCCGGCCCCCUUCUUCCCCACUCCCGCGUGUCAGCCCCACUUGCAGGAUGCGCCCAGGAUUCAGCACUGGCCUCCUGCCUCCAGGGAAAGGGAGGCGAGGGCUGUGCCCCCACCCCCACCCCCCAGUGCCACAGGGACUGUGGGCGCUGAUGUACCGCCGGCUUCAGGUAGGCUGGGGUUGGGGGCAGCGGGGCCCAGGCCUGGGAGUGAAUCAGGAGGCCAGGAGGGCCCGGGUGCCCUCCAGCCGGGGUUGGGGGUUUCCUACCAUCACUGCUGCGGGCAACUGGCCUGUCCCCCUCCCUUUUCCUCUUUGGGGUCCACUGAGGCAGGAAGGAGUCAAGAUUAGGCUGCUGUUUCCCCAGACUACUAUGAUGCCGAGAGCCUCCUGUGAGGACAGACGCUGGCCCGGAGACCUGCACCAGCUUCGCGCUCCGUGGGCGCGAUACAGCCGUGGGCCCCUCCUGCACCUCCCUCUCCUCCUCUGUGCCCAUGGCUGGCGGUCCUUCUCAUUCCCUCAGCCUCAGCCAGGCCCUCUUCUCCUGGGGAAUCAGUCCCUGCUCCACCCCCAGGAGUCGCUGGAUGGGCCUGAUCUGUGCCAUGGUGUCAGAGCUCAGGCAGCACCCAGGCCCUUGAAGCCACAGCAGCUGCCUCUGCCUCACCGCUUCCCGCCUGGAGCAGGGGGAGGCCUGGGAACACAGCCCCCGCCCUCUCUCCCUCACCCCUCUCUCUGGGAUGAUGAAGUCUCCUUCCAGCCUAGUAAUAGAGCCAGACGGGAGUGGGGGUUGCUUCUGUUUUCCACAGCUUUGAAGGCCCCUUGGAGGUGGCUGGAGGGGCCCAGAGUAGUGGGGGAGACCUGGGCCCCCACCCCUCGCCCCAGGAAGCGGUUCUGUUGGCAGAAAGGAGAGGUCAGAACUUUGUCCUGCUGUGGCCAGAGGUCUCCUGGGGCCAGAACACAGUGUCCUCUGCCUGCCGGGCCAGGGUGUU